AUGUCGCAGGCCGAGGCAACUCGUCCUGAGUCUAUUGACCAAGAGCGUCGAGAUGAUGACAAGAAGCCGAAGAGUCGCCGACCAGCUAACACUGCCUUUCGCCAGCAACGACUGAAAGCAUGGCAACCAAUUCUCACCCCGAAGAGUGUUCUGCCUCUGUUCUUCAUUGUUGGCGUCAUAUUUGCCCCCAUCGGUGGUGUUCUCCUCUGGGCAAGCUCCCUAGUUCAAGAAAUCUCCAUUGAUUACUCCGACUGCUCAAGAUUGGCGCCGUUGCAGGGUGACUCGGCCAGCCCCGUUCCCACCUAUUCGGCAACUUUCAAAUCCAAAAUGCAAAACCCCCCAACGUGGCAGAGAUCGGUUGACUCUUCGGACGCCACCGUCUGCCACCUGACUUUCGAUAUACCAGACGAGCUUCCAGCACCCGUAUACAUGUACUAUCGUCUCACCAACUUCUACCAAAACCAUCGCCGAUACGUCCAAUCACUCGAUUUGAACCAACUCAAGGGAGAUGCUGUCUCAUAUGGCACACUCAAAGGCGGUACCUGUGAUCCUCUGGAUGUGAACGAAACAGCCAAGAAGCCGUUCUACCCAUGUGGACUGAUUGCCAACUCGAUGUUCAACGACAGCAUCGGGAAUCCCCAACUCAACUCGGCCCAGGGAUCGGCAGGCGGAUCACCGACCUACUACAACAUGACCAAGAAGGGGAUUGCGUGGCAAAGCGACAAGGAACUGAUCAAGAAGACAAAAUACACCAGCGAUCAAGUCUUGCCGCCGCCAAAUUGGGGCUGGGCGGUCACUGACGGUGUCUACACCUCCUUGAACGAAUUACAGGACAACGAAGACUUCCUGGUUUGGAUGAGAACUGCUGGACUGCCAUCGUUCAGUAAACUGUCCCGCCGCAAUGACACUCAUUCGAUGUCAGCUGGUCAAUAUUCGCUUGCAAUCACUGACAAUUUUAACGUCACAGAAUACUCGGGCACAAAGUCCAUCUUGAUCUCCACUCGAACUGCACUCGGAGGCAAGAACCCAUUCAUGGGAAUCGCCUAUGUGGUGGUUGGGGGAGUCUGCGUGCUUCUUGGUGCAUUGUUCACUGUUGCACACCUGAUCCGCCCAAGAAAACUCGGAGACCACACCUAUCUUACUUGGGACUCAAACCAGCCCAGUACCGGUGUCUCCUCAGGACGGGACGACAGAUAUGGGCCCAGUGGACCCUAA